AUGGGCUAUCUCCUCUACAGCACCGUCUUCAGCCUCCUCGUUAUAUCAACCGUACUAUUCCUCACGCGUUCUCUUUGGCUACACAUGAUGCCUUCACUACCCGGAUCGUCAUUUCUCUACUCCCGCCUUCCUUCAUCCUUCUCAGCCGACAUCGAAAAUGGCUUGUCGUCGUCAGCCUUCGACCUGUCCGGGAACGUCGCCUCGGGAGACUCGAGACGAGGAUUGGACGACAAGAGCAAAAGAGAGAUUCAGAAGAUCAUGAAGAGCCGCAGAGUAAACUUUGAUGAGGCAAGGAGGAUACAUACAGAGGGACGAUUCGCCAAGAAUAACAUCGGCCCUGAUGGCUUACCGAGAGACCCGAAAUUCGUCAGCUUUUCAUAG